AUAAGGUGUGAGCGAAGGAACGGGGUCAACCGUAGUGUGUUGUGAGGGGGCGUGUUCUUAAUAAUCCUUGUUAUCUAGGCAGCCACAAGUGAGCGAAGCAGCAUGGCCACAAUAACAGAGCUGACUGUGAAGGAUGUUCGCUUUCCAACUUCAUUGGAGGCGCAUGGUUCGGAUGCCAUGCAUGGUGAUCCAGACUACUCAUGUGCCUAUGUUGUUAUCUGUACAGACACUCAGUUAAGGGGGCAUGGGUUAACCUUUACUGCAGGCAGGGGAACUGACCUUGUGUGUAAUUCCAUAAAAUACAUGGGCAGAAUGGUAGUUGGGAAGAAGGUGUCAGACAUAUUUGACAAUUUUGGUAUCUUUUGGGAGAAGCUGGUGAAUGACACACAAUUCCGAUGGCUUGGCCCAGAGAAGGGUGUGGUUCAUCUGGCGACAGCAGGGAUUGUUAAUGCAUUGUGGGAUAUGUGGGCCAAGAUGGAGGGAAAGCCAUUGUGGAAACUUUUAGUUGAUAUGGAACCAGAAAAGUUAGUGUCCACAAUGGACUUCAGAUAUCUGUCAGAUGCUCUCACACCAGAGGAAGCAUUAGCAAUACUGAAGAAAAAUCAGUCUACCAAAGCGGAAAGAGAGAAGGAGUUGUUAUCAAAGGGAUACCCUGCAUAUACCACCUCUGCUGGCUGGUUGGGUUACAGUGAAGAGAGGAUAAAAAAGUUGUGUCAAGAAGCCAUGGCAGAAGGAUUUACAAAAUUCAAGGUGAAAGUUGGUGCUGACCUAAAGGAUGACAUAAGAAGAUGUAGAGUGAUCAGGGAACAGAUAGGAUAUGACAAGGUCUUGAUGACAGAUGCUAACCAGCGCUGGGAUGUGCAACAGUCUAUAGAUUGGAUGAAACAAUUGGCUGAGUUCAAGCCUUUGUGGAUUGAGGAACCCACUAGUCCUGAUGACAUUAUGGGACAUGCUGCUAUUGCUAAAGCAUUGAAGCCUUAUGGUAUUGGAGUGGCAACAGGAGAAAUGUGUCAGAACCGUGUCAUGUUCAAACAGUUUAUCGUGGAAGGUGCCAUGCAGUUUUGCCAGAUUGACAGCUGUCGUCUGGGAGGAGUCAAUGAGAUCUUGGUGGUUUUGUUGAUGGCUUACAAGUAUAGAGUACCAGUAUGCCCGCAUGGUGGAGGAGUAGGCUUGUGUGAAUAUAUCAACCAUCUAUGCAUCUUUGACUACAUCUGUGUGUCAGCUUCCAUGGAAAACAGAGUGACAGAAUAUGUGGACCAUCUUCAUGAGCACUUUAAAUCUCCAUGUGUAGUUAAAGAUGGGUGUUACACAGUCCCUAAGGAUCCAGGUUACAGUGCAGAGAUGAAAGAGGAAUCCUUGUUGGAGUAUGAAUAUCCCAGUGGAAGUGUGUGGAAGAAAUUGUUUGCAGAGGGGAAGUUCACACCAGAAUGAAGAGAAAAUUUGAACUCUGGUACUUGGUCAAAUAUAUGUGCAAUAAGGUCACAUCAAGUGAGCCUAGGAGUAGCAUGUGACAAUCAGUGAACAAUCCAUGUGUCAGAUUAAAACAAAAUACUGUCAAGAAAGAAAAACUUGCCCAUGUUUAAAACAUAUCUUAUGAUUUAAUGUUCAAAUUAAAUCUGUUUAUAAUCAUUCCAUAAUUGAUUUUUAAGAUCAUUUGGAAUUUUUACAAAUUAUUGUAUCCUCAUGUUAAGUAACAUUCAAUGGUCAUUUAACAUUGCACCAGUAAGUUUUUAUCGAUGAUAUCUUGGGUAAAAAUGCAUUUAAUUUACAUAGGACAACAAUUACACCAAUUUCUCUGAAUAGCUAUCAAAGUAUUCUGAUUCCAAAAAUAUUUCAACUCUUUAAAAUAUUACUUCACUAACAAUUUUAGAUUACACAAAAUUAUGAUAUUUUUGUAUGAAUUAA